AUGUCUGUUGAAGAGCUCUCGAUCGGAAAUGAAUUGAAGGACAGCUUCAAACCAACUUCGAAGUGGAUAAGUAAUGGAAUUGAAUGGCUCAAAGAUAUAGAGGAUUUUUAUAGGAGUAGGGCUUCUUUAGAGAAAGAGUACUCGGCUAAGCUCAAAGAGCUUACAAAGAUACAAUUUGAAAAGAAGGCCAAGAUUUCUGCAAAGUUGUCCGUGGGAGAUGAGCCACAAGUUACUCCAGGGUCAUUGGAGUGUGCAUCGCUAGUGAUGUGGAACGAGCUUUUAACCCAAACGGAAGCAAUAUCAGAAGAGAAGCUGAAGUUUGGAGAUGAAUUGUUGCAAAAAAUAAGCGAGAAUAUAUCUCUCUUAAGAUCAAGAUCUAAAAAUGUAUCCAAAAGGAUAGAGUCAAUUGAUGAUUAUCUAGUAGGCGAGAGAGAGAAAGUUGAGCAAGAAGUAAAUAAGGCCAAAAAAGCCUACGAUGUAUUGUGCCAGUCCACUGAAGGAGCAAGACAAAAAGUGGAGAAAUCAUCCACUGAUAGACAUCAAAAAAAAUUAGGUGAUAAAGAAGUUGACAUGAAUAUUGGUAAAAAUGACUAUCUCAUAAAAAUAAACAUGGCAAAUAGAUUAAAAGAUAAGUAUUAUUUUCAAGAUGUUCCUGAGUUAUUGGACUAUUUCCAAGAAUUAAAUGAAGGAAGAGUCAGUUUGCUUAAUAAAUUGCUCAAAAAUGCAUCUAUUAUAGAGAGAAACUCUAAUGAUAGAAUAAAAGAAAAAUUGCAUACUGUCGAUGCUACCAUUGACCAAAAUAACCCCAAGCUAGAUACGGCAAUGUUUAUUAAGCACAAUGCAACCGAAUGGUCUGAACCGCCUGAUUUCUAUUUUAUACCGAGCAGUAUAUGGCAUGAUGACGAAAGCUUAAUCACAAAAGAGCCAGAGCUAACUGAGCUAAAGAGAAGAGUAGCAGUUUCUUCAAAUGAGUAUUCUAAGUAUGAGAACCAGUGUUUAGAUUUAAAACAGAAGCUAGAGGAGUCGAUUCAGGAAAGGAAAAAGGAUCGGGCCAAUAUCACUUUGAAGUUUGAUAGUAGCUUGAUAGCUUCUUUGUCCCUCUUAGAAAGAUUUAUGCAAAAUGAUACUAAAAGAGUUAGAUCUGAGGUUGAAGUUGAAAUUAUACAGAACUUUGCGGGAGACAAAGACUUAUCAUACUCCGAGACCCAUUCCCAAAAGAAAUCUAAAUUUGGUUUUUUGCGAGGGAAAAAACACAGUAGUAUCUCUAAUGAAGUAUCUGAUGAUCAAUCAUUACAUACUGUGAAAUCAGCCACAAGCCAUCAUACAUUUCAUUCAGGAAUAUUCAAUUUGAGAAAGAAUAAGGAAACUACCAAUGCUUCUUCGCCAUUCGAUGGAGGACCCACUGGUAAAGCUUUAUAUCCGUAUACUGCUACGGGGGACGAUGAAGUGUCCUUAGAAGCAGGAGAAUCUUUUAAGAUACUUGAUGAAGACGAUGGUUCAGGAUGGACUAUGGUUCAAAUUGCGCAAGGUUCUAGUGGUUUGGUUCCAUCUUCUUAUAUCGAGAUUUCUAGGGAAUCUACCCCUUCUGGAAAAAAGAAAGGGCCAUCUGUUGCUCCCAAAAAAGGGGCCAGGAGAGUGCAGUAUCUCGAGGCUUUGUAUGACUAUGAAGCUGAUGGUGAUGACGAAUUGAGUGUAAAGACAGGAGAUAGAAUUAUUCUUAUUCAAGAAGACACCGACGGUAGUGGAUGGACAGAAGGAGAAUUAGAUGGCGAAAGGGGACUCUUCCCCACAAGCUACGCUAAAAAAGUUUGA